GUUUGCCGACCUUUUUCCCCCAAUUUCCCUUUUGUCACUAGAUCUGUUUUAAUUUGCAGGCAUUCCUCUAUCUAGCUAGGGUUUCCUCUCCCUUUGCCGUCUCACAAUCACACAUUAUUUCAAUAAAGUAGCUAGAUCCUAAGGAAUUUUCACCUUCCUGUGGCUGCAGUGUUCACCCUUUUCCCCAGGUAAGGUACGAAUCGAGGGGACCAGAGACUGAAAUUACACUCUUUACACAAGAGAGGAGAAGUCAAAAAAGUUACUGCAGAGAAUUAGGGAUGGCCUCUUCCAGCUAUUCUACUCCUUGUGCAGCCUGCAAAUUCCUGAGGAGAAAAUGCGUACCGGAUUGUGUUUUUGCGCCUUACUUUCCACCGGAGGAGCCACAGAAAUUUGCCAGCGUUCACAAGAUAUUUGGUGCAAGCAACGUCAGCAAGAUUCUGAAUGAAGUUCCACCAGAUCAAAGAGAAGAUGCAGUGAACUCUCUGGCAUAUGAGGCCGAGGCGCGGAUGAAGGAUCCUGUCUACGGCUGCGUUGGAGCCAUUUCAGUGCUUCAACGACAGGUUAUAAGGCUCCAGAAGGAAUUGGAUGCCACCAAUGCCGAUCUGUUCCGAUACGCCUGUGCUGAGUUGCCAGUGGCGGCGGCACAAUUUGGAAGAAGGGGAUCAGCUGGGAAUAAUGGAGGUGGCCAGUUUAAUCCAAAUUAUGAGUGUUAUUAUCCUAAUUCUCUGUGGAGUAAUGAAGAUACCAGUGGGAAAAGUGAAGGUAAUUAACGUGUGUGAUAUGCAUAUGAUGUUCAUAUGAUGAAGUUGCAUUCUAUUCUAUGCGCAAAUUUAGUAGGAGAAGUUCCAUCUAGGGUUUCUUAUAUUGUGAAAAUAUUUAUAAAGGGAGACCAUGCCCAGUUAUUUGUAAUUACACAUCCCCUAAUAACUUGUCAGGCUUUCUCUUAAUUACCUUUCUUUGAUAUAAUAUAAUAUAGCAGUAGUCAUAUC